CGACAGUUCCCAUCGUUAUACGGUAACGUAAAGUGUUCCAGAAGACGUAAACAUGUGGAGAGUCGAGUAGUGAAUGGAAACACCCACCUGGUGAGAUUAUAAACGUGUAACUGAUCAACUUUACUCGGUGCUGUAACAGAUGGAGAACUACAGUAAGUCUCGGACGGUGGAGCAUCCGUCCGUCUGUCCCUUCAUCGUCCCCCCAGACACGCCAGAGGUCCGUGUCAAAGACGGCAGCAAGAUCCGUAACUUGCUGCGUUACGCCCUGAGCCGCAUGGAGGCCAAACCGCGAGCGGCCGAGGACGAGGGACGACCCGAGGACGGAGGAGUGGCCGCGGAAGGACAACGGGAAGCGGCGGGCCGGCCGCUCUGCCAACAGAUGGUGUUCACGGCGAGCGGUAAGGGCGUGUCUAAAGCCAUCACGUGUGCUGAGAUGGUGAAGCGGCGGGUGAAGGGGCUCCACCAGAUCACCAGGCUGCUGUCCUGCACCGUGGACGAGGUCUGGGAGCCGCUGGAGCCCGCUGCCGGCCUGGACAGCCUCACCGUCAGCAGAAAGCUGCCCACCAUCUGGAUCCUCCUCUCCAGAGAGCCGCUGGACCGCAGCCAGCCGGGAUACCAGGCGCCGGGCCGCUAUGACGCCCUGUGGGCUCAGUCCACCAACAAGGAGGACGGAGGACAGAGACCAGGACACAAGAGGAAGAAGGGAGGAGGAGUAGGAGGAGUAGUAGGAGGAGGAGGCGGCGGCGGCAGAGGGAGGGGACCUGCCCGUCAGACUGGACGUUCCAGAGAACCGGCGAGAGGACAGAGUUGAUUUCACUGUUUACAGACUGCAGACAUGAAGAAGACGAACGCUGGGAGGGAGCAGGAAGAGGACACUCAGAGGACACUUCUAGAGGACAUUUAUUCACCUUAUUCUCUACCUGAACUAGAGUGCUUCCACAUGGCGUCAUGUUGUGUUCUCACUUCUGUUUAGAGCAGAAGUGUCAUUAUUUAGCUUAGCGUCACCAGUGUUAAUACAUCCAUGGUUGUCAUCCUUUACUGGACAAAAAGCUGUUUUUAAGUUUUAAAAAACUCUUAUUUAGCUAAUGUUUUAGUAAACAUUUAGAUUUCCAACAUGUGAUCAGUUUAACCAAAUAAAUUUGGAAAUUAGCGGCGAUGUUUGACAGGAAGAACUAACACGCUAGGGUUCAAAGAGGAAGUGAAAAAAUGGGCGGGGCUACAUGAGGUGAAUAGAGGACAGCAGAGCGGUGGUUUGACGAUAGGUUUUACACUUUCAAAUCCUCCAUCAAAGUUUAAGUUGAUUUUCUUGAAGUAUUAACCUGAAGAGACCUCACCGCAACCUUUAGUCAACCUUCAGUCAACAUUGAGUCAGCGUUUAGUCAACGUUUCUUUUUAUUGUUCAGAAUAACUUUAUAUAAAUACCUGAGUUGAUGCAGCAGCAGGACUGUUGGUGCUUGUUGGAGACAUUUAGAGACGGAGCGUCCGCCGCUGAUCGAUGACGUACUUUGACCCCUGAUCUGAAACUGACCUGUGAAAACAAGCCACCGUUCUUACAGGUUUAAUUGUCCUUUUUAAAAAGAGAGACCCGGUCCAGAAGGGAGCCGAGGACGGCCCCCUGGUCUGAUGAGGAUUAGACUCCUGUAGCCGGAGAUCUGAGCCGAUUAGUUUGAUUUGUAGUGAAUUUACUGAAACAGGAUCGAUCACAAACUCUGUCCUUUUAACAUGUCUCAGUCAGCUUUAAGUUCAUGGAAAGUUCAUUGUCAGUAUUUUUUAUUUCACUGUGUUCACCGGUUUUCUACCCGUUGCUCUAAACUAUAAACAGGUUUUUGUCCUGAAAAUGUUUUUUUUUUUCCAGUAAAUUAAAGAGUUUCAAGUAAAACA